AUGUAAGCAUUCUCAAACCAAAUCAUAUCUCUCCCUUCAACUCUAUCUAUCUAUCUUAUUCAUCCUUUUGUGAACAAAAAUAUGUCAUUCCCUCCACCAAAUGAUCCUUCCAGAGGAUGUUCCUCAGAAUUCUCACAGCCUCUAGGGCAACAAGAUUUGGCUGAAGCUCGAAAUUUGUUGGAGAAUCUGAACCGUGUUAACGUUGUUCAAGGAAACUUGACAGAAGUUGUAUACAGAACAGGUGACCUAGAUCUUGAUAUCCGUCGCCCUGUGUAUCGUUGGGACAGAAGGCCCUACCAAGAGAUCUUUGCUAAUGGCUUCCAAGCAUGGCCACAGGGACAAACUCCCAACAACACUUACUAUGAUCUGCUUCACUUCAUUCAACAUGCAGGUGCUCCUCUUGAUUCAAACAGGCCUCCAACUACAACACACGCCUUUGUGAGCACCACUCUCAACAAUGCAUGGCAACCAACCCCUUCCACCCAGGUCCUCCCACCAGGCUCUCAGAUUCAGUUUUAUCGCUAUGAAGUUUAUGCUCCUGGUGGCAUUUGGGUCGCUGUCACCCUUGGGAAUCGAUACUCCUACGUUUCUCAGGCUGAGGUUUGCUUUGCCGGAGGCAUUGCUCCUCAGUACAUUCGAUCCUGUCUCAUAUUCACAGCAACACGUGAAGCCGGAUCAAGGUAUGUGAGAUUACGGAGAGAAACAAGAUUGAUCAUAAACAGGAAUUUCAAUCCAGAGUCCGCUCCUUACAAUCAAGUAGUAAUUGUUAUGCCUGUUUACUACUACAGGGAUGAUAACGGUGACAACAGAUACCUACCAGAAGAAACUUAUCCGCCUAUCAGAGAGAAAAGACUGGUCUUGGAAGCUGAUAACGAUGCUGUUCUUGACUGGUAUACUACUAAAGUUGUAGAGGUACCAAGUUACAUAGAUUCUGCAUUUCGUUCAUCAAAACCAAAUGAAGUUUAUUUCUUCUUGAAAAAUAAGUAUGUGCGGGUGUAUUACACUCCUGGAGACACAAAAGAUAAGAUCCUCACUGAUCUGCGUUUGAUCUGUGAUGGCUUUCCAUCACUUCUUGAUACGCCGUUUGGAGAAUAUGGAAUAGACUGUGCCUUCGAUACUGAAGCUAGCAAAGCAUAUAUCUUCUCCACCAAUCUCUGUGCCUACAUUGACUAUGCUCCAGGAACUAUGGAUGACAAGAUACUGUCGGGUCCUAUGACAAUUGCAGCCAUGUUUCCAGUCUUGAAAAACACUGUGUUUGAGAAUGGUAUAGACUCUGCAUUUAGGUCAACCAGAGGCAAAGAAGUUUACUUAUUCAAGAACAAUAAGUAUGUUCGCAUAGCCUACGAUUCAAAGCAGCUUGUUGGCAGCAUUCGCAACAUCGGUGAUGGGUUUCCUAUUCUGAAAGGUACGAUCUUUGAAAGUGGAAUCGAUGCGUGUUAUGCUUCUCAUGUGGAGUCUGAAGCUUACCUUUUCAAAGGAGACAAGUAUGGGCGAAUCAAAUUCAGCCCAGGUACAUAUGAUGACACUCUUAUAGGUGAUGUGAAGCCUAUCCUCGAUUUUUGGCCAUGUCUUAAGGGCACUCUGCCUCGCGACAAUAAAGGACUUGAUGCUCAUUCUCACUCUGAUCAUCAAGAACCUUACCCUGAUCAGCAUGAUGAGCUUUGAUAUAAAAGAAACAGAUGUGGUAAUAUGAUAAGAAUAAGGCUUCUGUAGCCAAUGUUUGCUUCCAUUUCUUUCCUAUUGUAAAAUAAGUGUGUGUGGAUGUUUGUUUUCCGUUCUUGUAUGUGUAUUUAAUGGCUUAAUAAUUAAUAGAAGUGUGUUGUUUGGUUCAACAAAGCAUUUCAUAAUG